AUGAAAAACAUUUUAUCAAAAAAGCAUUUUCCAUAAGGACACUUUUCUUAAGCAUCGGCAUAAUUUAAACUAAAUUAGUGUUAAUUAUUUGUAAAAUAACCUUAAUCAACACAUAUUAACAAAAAUGUAUAUACUAAAUAAAAAUAUAUUUAUUAGGCAACCAGUACAGAAUUAGGUUUAACAAAAUAAAAUAGAAGUUAGAUUAGAAUUAAUUAAUGCAAAUAUGAAUCUUCUAUUUAGGAUAUGAUGCCAAAGAAAGAGGAAGUAUAUAAGUAAAAUUUAAAUAAUUUAAUUUUAGAUAUAGAAGAAGACAUUCUCCAUCUAGAAAUUAAAGCAAAAAAGAUUUAUUAACACAUUCAGUAGAUUAUAUUAAGCCAACUCAUAUUGAAAGAGAUUGUUCAUUUAUUAAUUUUCAUAAGAAAACAAGUUAAUCUGGAUUCUAUAAGAGACCUUAAGUCUCUAUAUCUUUAACGAGAAUUAAAGAAAAUGAAGCAGCUAAUAAGAUUUUUGAAUAUUCUAAUAAGGAAAACCUUAUAUAUACUUUAAUUAGUAAAUAAAUUGAUAGAAAUCCUAUAACAGGGAAUGGAAUACCAAAUUAAUGUAAAAAUGGAAUAAAAUGUAAUCUUAACAAGAAGUCUUAUAUGGAUGAAAUUCUAUUUUAAGUAUAUGAACAAUUAAAAUUUAGAAUAGAGACCUAAAUGGCAGAAAGAAAUGGGAGAUUUAAUUAUGA